AUGGAGCCAAAAAACCAAACUGAAGUGCACUUGUUUAUCCUUGGUGGCUUGCCAAACACUGCACAACUCCCCCUUCUCUUCUUCCUCAUCUUCUUGGUCAUCUACUUAUUGACUGUGCUGGGGAACCUCCUCAUCCUUUUCACCAUCUUGCUUGAACCCCGACUUCAUGGUAUCCCCAUGUAUUUCUUCCUCUGUAACCUCUCUUUCCUAGACACAUGCCUUUCCACUGUCACUGUACCUAAAAUCUUGGCUGGUUUAAUAAGGUCAAGUGACAAAACCAUCUCUUUUGGGGGAUGCGUCAUUCAACUCUAUGCCUUCCAUUUCCUGGCAAGCGCCGAGUGUUUCCUCUACACCGUCAUGGCUUAUGAUCGUUACCUCGCUAUCUGCCACCCACUGACCUAUGCAGUGCUAAUGAACGGGAGAAUCUACUCCAGGCUGGCUGCUGGAAUAUGGUUCCUGGGUUCCUUCCAUGCAGCGAUACAUACUAGCCUAACAUUUCAUCUGUCCUACUGUGGCCCAAACAAAGUGGACUAUUUCUUCUGUGACAUACCUCCAGUGCUCAAGCUGGCCUGCGCGGACACAGCGGUGAACCACACCAUCAUACUGGCCGACAUCGGCGUGGUGGCCACCAGCUGCUUUGCUCUCGUAUGCCUCUCCUAUGCUCACAUUGCCUCUGCCAUUUUGAAGAUCCAAACCACAGAAGGGAGGCACCGGGCCAUCUCCACCUGCAGCUCUCACCUUAUCGUGGUGCUUUUAUACUAUGGGCCUCCAGUCUUCAUCUACACGCACCCAUCUUCAAGUAACACGAGCUAUGAGACACUGGCUGUCUUCUACACCAUCAUCACCCCAAUGCUCAACCCAUUCAUUUACACACUGAGGAACAAGGAAUUUAAAAGAGCAUUGAGGAAGUUGUUUGAUGGACACGGCCUUUCCCAGGAUAGGCAGAUGGGCAGCUGA